AUGGUUUAUGAAUCUGCCGAUGUCCUUUUAGAUAAAUUUCAAGUUGCUUUUUGUUACAAUGAAGGAUUAGGUGUUGAAAAGAAGAAGCUGGGUAUGCGGAAUGAUAGGGAAGCAAGAAUGCAAAAUUAG